AUGGAGAGCCCUAUGACCGAGAUGGAUAUUCACAUCCGGCCGCGAGGCGACCUGUUCGACCGUGGUGUCACAUUUCGUGCCGCUUUGUGGGCUGAUCCAGAGGCUCUUGCACUCUUCCGAGUCUGGUUCGAAACCUGCCGUGAGAACCAUGAGAACUGCAGACUAGCCCUAGAUGGAACGCUCGUUGACGAGGAUCUGGGACCGGAACUACCCACUCGUGUGCUAGAUCUUGGCCAACCGGGCGCUACUGACAUUGUCCUCAAAGAGACAAAAGGACUACGCGGGAUAGUUCUCGAAUCUAUGCCCAAGACCUUUCGAGACGCAGUUCAAAUCGCACGUCAGAUCUCGAUGCGAUACCUUUGGAUCGAUGGACUGUGCAUCAUUCAAGGCGAUAAAGAGGAUUGGGAACGGGAAUCCAGGCAAAUGGGCACUGUCUACCAGAUGGCUUGCUUGGUUAUUGCCGCAACAGGGGCGAUGAACCCGGGAGAGGGGUGCUUUAUAAGCACACCUAGAGAGCUCUCGUCGGUGGACCUCCCCUUUUACUCAAGCAACGGCCAAAAGGCCGGCUCUUUCCAAGUGUGUGUAUUCUCCUGCGACGAACGAUCACCGUCUCGCGGCCACCUUCGUACCAGAGGAUGGGCCUUUCAAGAAUCUUAUCUUGCGCGAAGGAUACUGCAUUUCAUGCCAGGAGGCCCAUCAUGGUUCUGCUAUGACUCUGGUAUCCUUGAUGGAGACGGACUCAGCGAGAGAAACAAUAGAGUCAGUGACCAGAGUCGCCCUGAUUGGAGCACAUUACUAUGUUACUUCUCCCGCAUGAGGCUCACUCACAGUUCGGACCGGUUGAUGGCUCUGGAGGGGAUUGCAACUGAGUUGCAGAAAAAGACAGGAGACACCUACAACCGGGGCGUGUUCUUGUCUGAACUCACUAAUUAUCUCCUGUGGAUCAGUGAAGAUACGGCGUCGGAGUCAGAGGACCUGAGUGACAUACCGUCUUGGUCAUGGGCCUCAAAGGGCGGCCCGAAAGACUUCUCGUUCCCUAGCCUGGGGUAUAAUAUGGUGCCCGACGACCGUGCCAAGAUCUACAUCAACGCUCAAGGACAUCUCAGAAUCCAGGGAAUUGUUGUAAAGUGCAAGGUGUACAACACCCUCCUUGACGAUGAGAGUUUCCAUGAUCCAAGGAGCCGUGUCCUAUACGGUACAAUUUCACAUUACACCGGACAGGCACCCUUGUAUAUAGAAGGGCUAGCUCCGAAGUGCCAUGGCUUCGCAGUGUUCGACCGUCAACAUUUCGAUUCCGUCUACUUCCUACCCCUAGGGAGGACCAUCUUGAAAGCAGUUUUCUUGGGCCUUCAAGAUGUCUUCUUCGGUCUUGAGUAA